CAUUUUGCCACCCAGGGGAAAGUUCCCUUUGCCAAACAACUUCCUUGGUUGCUCCCCUCAAUGUGGCGCAGCACCGCCACAGUGGUGAUGCCUGCUGAAAAUCGCCGCUAGCCGCUCUCCACUCCUAGUUGCCCAAACAACGAAGCUAUCUCAGGCCUUAUUUCCCCAUCAACUGCAACCACCCAACUUUGCUUUUUACAUCUUCAAAUACGCUCCUUCGCUGACCUCAAAGUUGCCAUAACUUUGGCCUUUGCUUCGCGCGAGCUCUGUGCCGCAAUUUUGGCAUUCUUGAUAACAAAGGGCGACUGUUUACGAUCAGCAGCUUUUACGUCAUUGCGCCCGCCGCAACUUUGGGCUGACAUUGCCUCUUGCGCAGCAUCGAGAGGGCAUCGACCCACAUGUGCUGAGCAGUAUCCCCUUUAGCAAUCUUCUUCAUUGAACGAUUUCGACCUUCCUGCGAUUCUCAUCGCCGAGCAAAGCUAUCAACAUGUCCGAUACCGAGAGUCUUGACUACCUGCAGGCGGGUUUCGACCCCAACAGUCUAACCGUCCCUCGCCUUCGAUUCAUCCUCGUCUCCCACGCCGUCGACUACCCCUCCGGCGCCAAGAAGCCCCAACUCAUCCAGAUUUUCACCGACAAUGUCUUACCCCAGUCACGCAAGAUUCUCGCAGCUCGAGCUCGCGCCAGAAGAACAAGCAGAGGCAUCACGGAUGCGGAUUCUCAGGAUAGCGCUAUUGGGGUCGAAGAGGAGUUGAUGCCACCGCCUCCGACACCACGGGCUAGGUCUGGGAGAAAACCUUCGGGCAGAGUCAAGGCUGAGGAGAGCGAGUCAGAUGGGCCAUCUAUGAGGAGUCCGAUGAAGAGAACGCCGAGACCGAGCAGCAAGCAUGCUAGAGCUUCCGAAACCGAGUCUGGGACGGAUCUUGAUGGUGUUAAGAAGUCUGGCCGGAAAUCCCGGAGGAGUGAGGCUCCCACUCCUGUUGCAGCUGCACCUGCACCUCCUCCGCAGAUGAAAUUAGAGCAGAUGGAUGAUGGAACGCGUGUGUCAAGGAGAGAAUCUGCCUUUACGUACGACAAUCCGUUUCAGAGUGGCAGCUCUCCUCCGCCGGAAUACAGCAGUGGGGAGAAAAAGCGAAAGAGCUUAGGCUCCAGUGCCAGCAGAGAUCCCGCGCGGCGUCAGAGCAGCACGGCGAGAAAAACUACCCCUCGGCCGAAAGCAGAAGAUGGUAUUCAUCCGCCUACCUCAGCGACAUUCGAGAUUCCAGUCAGCACACUGAAUGGCAUGAAAGACGUGGACGAGAACGGUGUUGAAGCCAACGAGGAGUUCACACCCGAAGAGCAAAUGGAGUUGGUGCGAGAGAGAGCAGCCAAUGGAAUCAAUGCCGUUGGUCCACUCAGACCCAAGAGACGACAAUCUCGUGGCAUCAGCAAGAAGGGGCCUAUUUGGAUGGCUAUUAUUACUCUGCUUGGUGGUUAUGCUACUUGGUAUAGGCAAGAAAAGAUUGCUGUGGGAUACUGUGGCGUUGGUAGAGAUGCCAAGGCAAUCAUUCCCACGGAAAUCGCAGGGACGCCAAUCGUGGUACCUGACUGGAUCAAGGUUGUCGCAGAACCAGAAUGUGAACUCUGCCCUCAGCAUGCUUAUUGCUUAGAGAAUUUCGAGACUCAAUGCGAAACCGAUUUCGUCCUCAAGGCGCAUCCUUUCUCUUUGGGUGGAUUGGUUCCUCUUCCGCCUACCUGUGAACCAGAUGGAGAGAAGGUGCGCAGAGUCAAGGCAGUCGCUGACCGUGCUGUGGAAGAAUUGAGAGAGCGAAGAGCGAAGUUUGAGUGUGGUGAACUGACGGAUUCGGCUGGAUCUCCGGAGCCGACUGUCGAGAUUGAUGCAGAGGAGUUGAAGAAGGAAGUCAGUAAGAAGAGAAGAAAGGGGAUGAGUGAAGCGGAGUUUGAGGAACUUUGGGGUGGUGCUAUUGGAGAAAUCCAGGGGAGAGAUGAGGUUGUCAGUGUUGCUGAUGGACACCGCAAGCUCCUCAUCAGUACCUCACUCGCAAGACUCCCCCUCUCCUGCGCCAUCCGACGAUCCUUCCGACUCACUCUGGCACGACAUCGCCUCCAAAUUGCUUCUCUAGCCGCCCUCUCCUCUCUCAUCCUCUACGUCCGCCACAUCAUCUCCUCUCGCUCGGCUGCUAAUGCCGCUAUCCCUCACCUCGUGUCUCUCACUCUGGACAGAUUAGCUGAACAAGCAGCCCUCCAUGCUCAAGAUAAAGAAGGCUACGAAUCUUGGAUCAGUAUCGGGCAGAUGAGAGACGAUGUCCUGCGUGAUGAACACAGCAUCAAGAAACGUGAGGCGCUGUGGAACCGAGUCAAGAAAGUAGUCGAGAUGAACGCAAACGUGCGAGCAUCUCAACGUGAGGCGAGAAAUGGCGAGAUCUCUAGAGCUUGGGAGUGGAUUGGCGCAAUAGGUAGCUUUGGCAGUGGUGAGGGUGCGAAGCGACGAAAGAGUGGAAGAGUUUCCUUCUACGGUGAUGGUGAUAUGAGCUCGCCCGUCUCGGGAAUGGAUGAUGGACCAGAAGUGGUACAAAUGAAGUGGCAGGAAGGGCGACCGAUCUAUUAGGAAGCGUUUCUUUUGUCGCGUUUGUCGGCUUUGCCGUAUGAGUACUUUCUUGAUAGGCAUGUUAUGUGGGAAGGAAUUAACGGCCGAGCAUGGAUGAUACCUGGAACCUGGCUGUCAUAGAGUGCCCAAGCAUCCUAGCGAGCACGUGCGUGCGCGUGGUCCGUGCGCAAGCCCAUAAGGCUUCGCACCUCCCACGACUCACUUGCUUCUUCAAGUUUCAGUCACAAUACUACUUUGGAUUGCUCCCUGACUUGCUGCCCUUUUGGUGACCACUAUUAUACUGGCAGAUGGGGGCUUUUACUUAACUUUUAAUUAAAACCC